UUCGUAAUCUUGAAUCAUGAAUGAAUGUAGGUUAUGGUUUUUUGAAACGUGAAAUUUCAGAGUAUCUUUUGUAAAAUAUAUAAAUAAACGUUACACAAAAAAUGUGUAGCGUUGGUGACGAUGUGUAUGACAAUGAAGCAGAUAAACUUAUGCCAAUCACAAAAACAUCUAAAAUUGCUGAAGUGUGCAUUAAAUGCAGAACUGAAAAGCCAUGCAUUGUUCUAAGAAGUAAAGAUGCCUAUUGUCAGAAUUGUUUUUUAGUUGGAACAGUUCACAAAUUCAAAGCUUCACUGGGAAAAUCUCGCCUAAUCCACCCAAAGGAUAAGAUAUUGGUGUGGCAUCAGAUAGGGCACCCAAGUACGGCGUUGUUGCAUUUUUUAAGAACUGGUUUAGAUUUAAACAACCAAAAGAAGUUGAGAUUUGAACCAAUUAUUUUAUUUGUUGAUGAUCAGUAUCAUGUUAGCCUUGAUGAAAGAAGACAUUUGUUGGAGAAUGCUAAGAAAGAAGCGCAAUCUUUUAUAUUUCCUUUAAACCUCAUAUCUUUUGCUGAUUAUGUUACCCAGCCAAAUAGAUUAAGUGAACUUAUUUGUACAGAAAAUUUACAAAUUUCAGAAGAUGAUAAGAAUAGAUUGGAACAGAUUAUAGAUGGAAAACCUUCAAAGAGCAAUAAAAAUGAUAUUAAAGUUUUGUUGAGGAGACAAAUGUUGAUAGAUUGUGCAAAGCAUUUUAAAUGCAAAUUUAUAUUUACUCCAGAAAUUUCUGUGGACAUAGCAUCUACUUUACUUUCUAAUAUAUCCCUCGGAAGAGGACCUCACAUAUCCAUUGAUACGGGUUUUUGUGAUGAUAGAGACGAUGAUGUUAAAAUUCUCAGACCAUUGAGGCUUUAUGAUAUGAAAGAACUAGCAUUUUACAAUAAAAUAAAUAACUUAGAACCACUCACUGUAAGGCAAUUAAAUGUAAAUCCAUAUUCUUCUGUACACGAUUUAAUGAAGAAGUUUGUCGAAGAUCUGCAAGUCAAUUAUCCAGCCACUGUAACAACUGUUUUAAAAACUGGUGAUAAACUAAGUAUUGACAAAGAUUGGAUAAAUAAUUGUAAUGUAUGUAAGGGACCACUGCCCGUCAUUGAAAAACAACUUACCUCACAGCAAUCAACGAAUUUUUCCCAUUUAGUAUCAACAGAAAUAUCGAAUUAUUCUUUGUCGAGACAAGAGAGGUAUCAAAAUAUGGUUGAUAAAUUUGAUCAGAUGGCUGCCAAAAAUGAAGAUUUAUGUUACGCCUGUUCAAAUAUAACACAAUAUUUACAUAAGAAAUAAAAUUGAUGACGUUUUCUUA